AGUGCGAAAUGUUGAGGUCCGAACCCUUUUUCUUUGUACCAAACCCGUUUUGUUGUCCAAACGGUGACGGAUUCGGAAAUCUUGGAUUGGAUGGAUGGUUGAAGUGUGUGGGAAAUUGAAAGCGUGCCGGGAAAAGUUUCAUUUCCUGGAAAAUACCAUCGGAUCCGAUUUUCCUGGAAAAGUAACUCAUCGAACAAUUCUCUCUUUUCUCCAUAUCGCCUUCAUUUCAAUCUCUUGCUAAAGCAAUUCCGAUUUAUGAAUCGAUUCAUCCACCAUAUAAACUCAGCUAGCUUCCGAUGUGGCAAGAGGAGGUAGCCAAGCAAGCUAUAAAGCACGCAUUGAAGGCGCUUAAGAAACGACAUUUAGUCGAAGAAGGAGCUCAUGCUCCUGCUUAUAUUGCUCUUUCUCGGCCAAUCAUUUCCCAGGGUUCGGAAUGGAAAGGGAAAGCUGAAAAAUUGGAAGUAGAACUUCAACAAUGUUAUAAAGCGCAAUCAAGAUUAUCUGAGCAGCUUGUGGUGGAAGCAGCUGAAUCCAGAACAUUAAAAGCUUUUCUUCAAGAGAAAGAAACUGCAAUGGCUGAAUUGGAGAAGGAGUUGACCCAAACGAGGCUUGAUGCAAACGCACUCUAUGAAGAUAUGACUGAGCGGCUUAAGGCUAGUGGUUUAGAGAAACUUGCUCAAGAGCAAGUAGAUGGUAUUGUCCGUAGAAGUGAAGAAGGUGCUGAGUUCUUUGCUGAAUCAACUGUUCCCUCUGUUUGCAAAGACAGGAUCAAUGCUCAUGAUGGUGGUUGUGCUUCUAUAAUGUUUGAGUACAAUUCGUUGUUGGGGGGGCAGGAUCGAUCUAUCAAAAUUUGGAAUUCUAGCACUGGAUCAUUAGGUCAUAGUCUUUUUGGCUGCCUUGGUUCUGUCCUUGAUCUUGCAAUUACACACGACAAUAGAUCCAUAAUAGCAGGAAGUAGUUCAAACAAUUUGUUUGUAUGGGAUGUCAACUUGGGACAUGUCCAUCAUACUCUCACCGGUCACACAGAAAAAGUGUGUGCCGUAGAUGUGAGCAAAGUUUCAAGUCGUCAUGUUGUGAGUUCAGCUUAUGGUCGCACUAUAAAAGUAUGGGAUUUGCAGAAAGGUUACUGCACUAACACAAUAAUAUUUCACAGCAACUGCAACGCGCUUUGCUUCAGCACCGAUGGACUGACUAUAUGUUCAGGUCACGUCGACGGGAAUCUUCGUUUGUGGGAUAUCCAGACAGGAAAGUUGCUUAGUGAAGUUUCUGCACAUUCACUUGCUAUCACAAUCUCUCUCUCUCUGUCGCGAAACGGAAAUGUAGUAUUGACUAGUGGCAGAGAUAAUUCACACAAUUUAUUUGAUAUCUGAUCUUUGUAAGUUUUUGGUACAUUCAGAGCAACCGGAAACAAAGUGGCAUCAAACUGGAGUCGCUCGUUUAUCAGUCCGGGUGACAAUAAUAUUGCUGCAGGCUCUGCGCAUGGGUCCAUCUACAUUUGGUCAAUUUCCAAAGCUGACAUGGUUAGCACUCUGAAGGAACAUACUGCUCCCAUCCUGUGUUGUACAUGGAGUGCAAUUGGAAAACCAUUAGCCUAUGCUGAUAAGAAUGGGGUUGUCUGUACCUGGACAUGAUCCGCACGGGUUGCGCAUGGAACAACUUGGAAAGCUGAAGUAUAUGUUUGAUGCAGGUACAUUCAUUCUUUUUAAAGCUUUUUCAUAAAUUUUGAAGAUCUGUAGUCUCAUACAAAUGUCUAUAUAUAUAUCAAACAUAAGCGUCGUAACAUAGUUGAAGUGUAAAUUAUUCAAUCGUAAUUAUGAGAACGAAGUUGGAAUCAGUUGGGUAGAAUUUUAGAGUUCAUCUUUGGGAUAAAAGGAAGGUGUUGUAGGAUUAGAGGAAGAGUUCUUGAUGGGAUAUGAAGCUUCCCUUGCUAUACCACAGAGACCUUGUUUGUCUU